UAGGUAGAAAUAGCAAUCAGAAGUGGGUUUGAACCCAAGCUUCUGUCUCCUAACUGGAUGAACUUGACUUUGUAUGACUGUUUUCAUAUUUAUAGAAAGGUUCUCCUCUUCAUUGUGUGGAAUUUUCAUGAAGGUCUUAUGAGCUGUGUCUAAAAUAAUAGUGAAAGUACAGUACAAAUUCAGUAAAUUAACUCCAUUAGCAAGAUUGGAUUGUCACUAUGCACUAACAAUUAAUUUUUUUUCAAGUCUGCAGGAUUAAAUAUUUUUACCAACUCAAAAAUCCAUAAACCACGUUUGUGUCACAUGCCUCAGUUAUAUUCAAGAAUGCCUAUGCCUAUGGCUUUAGGAGACGUUUCUAGACUACGUGGUGUUGGAGGAAGGAUUCCAGAGGUGGCUCCAAUGAUGGCUCCAGGGAUGGCAGGAGCAGGCUUUCAGAAUGUGCCAGUGAAGGAGACAGUCAGGAAGUAUUUCCCUGAGACCUGGAUCUGGGACUUGGUGGAACUUGACUUAUCAGGUGGAAAAGAGUUAGAGAUGAAGGUUCCUGACACCAUCACGGAGUGGAAAGCCAGCGCGUUCUGUUUGUCUGAAACUACGGGUCUCGGCCUUUCCCCUGUCAUCCCUUUUCAAGUCUUCCAGCCCUUCUUCCUAGAGCUCUCACUCCCAUAUUCUGUGGUGCGAGGGGAAGCCUUCACACUCAAAGCCACUGUGUCCAACUACUUGUCCCACUGCAUUCGGGUCAAUGUGCAGCUGGAAACCUCAUCUGCCUUCCUGGCGGUCCCAGUAGAGAAAAAUGAAGAAUCUCACUGUGUCUGUGGAAAUGGGAGAAAAACCUUGUCCUGGGCUGUGACUCCAAAAUCAUUGGGUAAAGUGAAUUUCACAGCUACUGCAGAAGCAGUGCCAUCUCAAGAAUUGUGCAAUAAUGAGGUGCCUGAAGUCCCAACAUUCGGACAGAAGGAUACUAUAGUAAAGCCUUUACUAGUUGAGCCUGAAGGAAUAGAAAAGGAGGAAACUUUCAACACAAUGCUCUGUGCAUCAGGUAAGUGUAAAAAACAGAUAAAAUUUUCAUGUCACACCACUUGCCAAAGUAUAGUCCGUAGUUGUGGAAUGUCCUUUGGAGCCUGCUUUCCUCUGAAAAAAAAAAAGAAAACAUAAAUUAAAAUAACUCUU